AGCAAUUCACAAGCUCCUUAUUCUCACACUUAGUCAGGCUCUGGUGUUAGUCCAAGGGAAUCCCAUGCCAGCUUUAUAUGCCAGUGGAACAAGGUCAUCCAUCUGCCCAUUUGUGAAGGAGGGAAGGUGGCAAACAAAGGCCCAAUGGCUUUAAUAUCUGAUAAUGACACACUGGGAGAUAUUAGUGGCAACAGCACAAUAUCAGGCUUAUGGAAAUACACACACCAGAAUCAACUCCUUGGUAUUAUUUUGGCAAUUUUUGGGAGCUUCUUGAUCAGUAUAUCUCUUAAUCUACAGAAAUACACCCAUAUUCGAUUAGCUUGUCAUCAAGACCCUUCUCCAUAUUACAAAAGCAUGCUGUGGUGGUGCGGUGUUACUCUAAUGGCGGUCGGAGAGCUGGGGAACUUUUCAGCUUAUGGUUUUGCUCCAGCUACACUUAUUGCACCUUUAGGUUGUGUAUCUGUCAUAGGUAGUGCAGCUAUUUCUGUUGUGUUUUUGAAAGAAACACUGAGGGCAUCCGACAUAGUAGGGGGAUCCUUGGCAAUUGCAGGAACAUAUCUUUUGGUGACUUUUUCUCCCAAUAUAUAUCAAGAGAUAACAGCUGUAAAAGUGCAAAAAUAUGUUGUAAGCUGGCAAUUUCUAAUUUAUUUGAUCCUAGAAAUAAUCAUCUUCUGUGUCUUACUAUUUCUACACAAGAAAAAAGAAAUGAAUCAUAUAUUGGUUUUGCUAUUAUUAGUAGCAAUACUAGCUUCCUUGACAGUGAUUUCUGUAAAAGCCGUUGCUGGAAUGAUAAUGACGACCUUGAAGGGGGAAAUUCAGCUGACCUAUCCAAUAUUUUAUGUCAUGGCUAUUAUAAUGGUUGCGUCAUGUAUCUUCCAGGUCAAAUUCUUAAACCAGGCCAUGCAACUUUACAAUGCCACAGAAGUAGUGCCAAUAAACUAUGUUUUCUUCACUACAAGUGCCAUAUUCGCAGGGGUGAUAUUUUAUCAAGAAUUCCAUGAGGCAGCCUUGUUAAACAUAUUCAUGUUUAUUUUCGGGUGUAUGUUAUCUUUUCUUGGAGUAUUCCUAAUUGCAAGACACCAAGAAAAGCAUGUAUGUCAAGAUCCCUAUAUUAACAUUGGUGAAAUCCCUGGGAAAGAAACAGUGGAUAAAAUACAGCCAAAUUUAAGCAGCAUUUCCUAUGGGACUUUGCCUAAUUAGCUACUCACAUAGCAGCUAAAGCAAAGAGAUGAAAGUGAAUCAAACCAGGUCUUCAAGAGGAAGCCUUUAUUUAUUGCCUGAGAUUUUGAACACUGUCACACUUGUAUGUCAGAUCAUUUUAUGUUAACUUCUUUUUGUGUUUCAUGUUAGAAAACUUGUUAAGUUUUCUCUGGAACCUUUGAUGUCUAUAUUUUUAAAACUUGAAUGCUAUAGAAUCUCAGGAGAUUGGACUUGUCCUCUUGCAUGAAUUAUGGAUACUAAAUAAUUGCUACAUAUUAUUUGUACUUUGGAAACAAAUGUGUUUUUGUUCCUUGCUUCUCAGGGAAGAUGAGAAUCUGUAAAUAUAUUUGUCUGUAAAUUUCUAUGGUAGCAGUGUUUUAAAAGUGUUUAAAAUCACUUUAUGUAUGUUCCAGAGUAAUAAUGUUAUUUCCAGUGUUGUUCCUGUGACUGUUGUCCGUUGUCCCGAUUCAAGUAAAUGCACAAUUCAUAUAGUGUGCACCUAUUUUAACAGAAAGUCAAUGAGUAGAAAUGAAUAGACUCCUGGACUUUUCAGUGGUCAAAUGUAAUUUAUUUGUAUCUCUGUAACUCAGGCUAAAAGAUGGCUACUCUGUACUGGUAUCACUGUGUCAAAUAUAAAACAUUAAAAGGACAGCUAGAUAUAUUUCUAUCUAAAUAAUUGACCAUUAAAAAUAAUAAUUAUAAUUAUCCAGAAA